AAUAUCGAACAAUUGAAAAGAUUUGAAAUCUAACGUUUUCUAUUUUACAGAUAUAUAAAUAUCGAUGAUAGAAAAGAAAAUUUGUAAAGUAAAUGUGAUCGGUAAUAAAAAGGGUGGGGGCGUUCGUUGAGAUGGGGCUACGAUGAGGUCUAGCUUCGGUCCUGAAUAUAGUUGACGUCACCGGCGCAUGCGUAGCACACUGGACGGCACUGCAGAAGCAGGCGAGUUCGCGAGUGUAUCGAUUUUACGAUCGUGUCUCUCGCCGCUAGUGCGUCCGUUUCCUUUAGUUUUUAGUGGUCGUGCUCAUAGUACAUGGAUAAAAUCGUGAAUGGGAUUAGUCGCUAGUCUCAUCACUCCGUACAUUUGCUGACUCGCAACACUUUGUCACCCUCGCCAUGACUAAGGAUAGAUUAGCAGCUCUUGUUGCGGCCCAGUCGGACGAUGAUGACGUGGCGGACGAUGUGUCCGUCAAUGUUGGCGGGCCCGAUGAUUUUAUGACCGAGUUUUUCGCGGAAGUGGAGGAAAUCCGCGAAAUGAUAGACAGGAUCCAAACGAACGUAGAGGAUGUGAAGAAAAAGCAUAGUGCCAUUUUGUCGGCACCUCAAACCGACGAAAAGGUUAAAAUGGAAUUGGAAGACCUGAUGUCCGAUAUCAAGAAAACGGCGAAUAAAGUGAGGGCUAAAUUGAAGGUUAUAGAGCAAAAUAUCGAGCAGGAGGAGCACACGAACAAAUCAUCGGCGGAUCUUAGGAUACGGAAGACACAGCAUUCGACUCUUUCGAGGAAGUUCGUCGAGGUGAUGACGGAGUACAAUCGGACCCAGACCGAUUACAGAGAGCGGUGUAAGGGAAGGAUACAACGACAGUUGGAAAUCACCGGUAGGACGACCACUAACGAGGAGCUGGAGGAAAUGCUGGAACAGGGGAAUCCGGCUGUGUUCACGCAGGGGAUUAUCAUGGAAACGCAACAAGCGAAACAGACUCUCGCCGAUAUCGAGGCACGCCACGCAGACAUCAUUAAACUAGAAAACUCCAUCAGGGAGCUUCACGAUAUGUUCAUGGAUAUGGCGAUGUUGGUGGAAAGUCAGGGCGAGAUGAUAGAUCGCAUAGAAUACCAUGUGGAACACGCGGUGGACUACGUGCAGACGGCUACGCAGGACACCAAAAAAGCGCUCAAGUAUCAAAGCAAAGCUCGACGGAAGAAGAUCAUGAUCAUGAUCUGCCUUACUAUACUCGCCGUCGUUCUGACCACCACCAUCGCUGGAUACUUUGGACUGUGAACGCCGUACUCAGACAAGUCGAAAAGAGUUGGCGAGUUCGCGUACGAAAACGCGAAACGCCGGCAACGCGUGAAUUCAAAGAAAUCAGCCCGAAACAACGUUGGACGCAUCGCCCAUUUCAAGUGGAAUAGUGUUCGUCGACCACGACUGCAUCCGCAAUCGCAAUCGCAGCCGCAACAACAACCGCCAAUAGCAACAACGGCAAUUCGACCGCGAUCCCAUUCGCGAUCUUAUCGUCCGAUCUUUUGUCCGCGCGUGCCGCUCCUCGUCCCAUGGAUCGUCGUUCAAUUCCGCCUUCCGUUACGCUUGCGCGUUCACCGAUACGUGUUUUACGCGUCGACUAUCGUAAACAAGAGGCGAACGAGAAUAGAAAUAGAAGUAUUUGAGAAAAUUAGUGAAAAUGAUAUGAGAAGGAGAAUGGAAAUGAGUAAAACGAUAGCUGGCAGAACGAAGAAUCGUCAUCGUCAUCGUCAUCGUCGUCCUCGUCAUCGUCGUCCUCGUCGUCGUCGUCGUCGUCGUCUUCAUCGUUAUCGUCGUUUGUUUGCAUCAUUAUUGUCGCUUGUAGUUUAUACACUUUCAUUUACUAAUCUUUCCUCGUUUUUCUUUCGUUCACUCGAUACGCGAAUAGUUUCAUCGAAAAUAAUCUCGCUUCGUUCCACGCGAGUUUUAUUUUCCAUCGAUUUUCUCUACACUGUCUUAUUUUUUAUCUUUAUUCUAUGAAACACGAUCAUAAAACAUAGAAAAGGAUAAAAGACACGGACGAUAGCGACGAAGCGAUCUCGAUGUUCGCCAAUGUAUCUAUCGAAGCAAGGAAAAUUGUCAUUGCGUGGAUCGUAGACGAUCGAGUUAUUGGUUAUCAUCGUUAAUCUCUCCGGGGUUAUCAUCGACGAGCAACCGAGAAUGCGAUGGGGGAAUAACACGGAUGUGAUGGACAAAUGUCGAGCGUACUUACCUUUUUGUCCGGGAUUAUCGGGCCUAGAAAGCGAAGAAAAAAAAAAGACGGUAUUCGUGGGCAGCUGCCUACGAUUAGGUCGUAUCGAUGUAUCUCGUUUCAAAGCCAAGCCUAAAACCUAAUGGAGUUUUUCUGUAACGCGAGGCACAUCGUGCGAGGCUACCGUGCAAUCCUCUCGUUUUCUCAAACGCCAUUUUCGGCGUUAUGCGCAGGCUCUGGUAGCCGUGUCCAAUUAUACCGACUACCUACCGAAGUGCAUUCUUUUGACUGUGAUUUUUAACGAGCUUGGAAAUUAGCCUUUUGCGAAUCUUUCGAACACGUUCGUAAUAUGGUCGGGCAUGUAUACGAUCAUACGAAUCGAAACGCAUGCAAAGUGUUUUCUUUUCUUCGCUUCUUCCAAGAUCACCACUACUGCUCGAAAUCGAGAAUCGAACGUAGGCUGAUUCGAAACGAUAGUAUUUCGACGAUAGGAGGGUAUAUCGACGAUCGGUAAAGAAGGGAAAACAUGUGAAUUGGAACGCGCAAAGGGCAAAUUUGCAAGUGCGUCGUAACGUUGGAAUAGCUUUCGUUCGACGGAAUAUACACUUAGGUAGUUUGUUUCUCGCUUUCGGCGUUGUGUCAGAAAUCGAUCGGUCGAUAAAAAUUAAUCGAAAACGAUGACGAAUCGUAUAGCGAAGCACUGUCAUCUUCGUGUUGCACGAAAUGCCAUUAGGGUAUGGGGUUCGAUCGACCGAUCGGUGUCAUUGGUUUUUUGCAUCAUCUUCGAUAUAUCGUUGCAUUUGUUUCUGUUCAAAUACGCGGCCGCGAUCUUGCGCGCACGAUCUUGUUUUAUUUUUUUUCUCUCGGUUCACCUCAUGUUGUCGUAUUGCAGUCGUAUCGAAUACCUACUAUAACAUCAAUCGGUCAAUUACCGACGAUCGAACGGACAAUAACGACGAGAUUGUGACCAUGACCGACAUACGUAACGACGACAAUGACAAUGCAAAUUAAAGUAAUCGGAUCACUUUAUAUAAAUCGAAAUAUUUUUCUCGUUUCUUCCAUAUUCUUCGUUUUGUUUUUUAUUAUAUAUAUAUAUCAUUUAUCGUCGUGCGAAAAGAAAAACAUUUUCGCAAAAAGCGUGCGUUGUAUUAAAGAUGGUCGAUCAUCGGCGCGGAGAACAAGAUGCCGGAUGAUGGGAAGGAGGGAAAUGGAUUUUCGCAAAAAAAAGAAAAAAAGAAAAAAAGUAAAAAAAAAAGAAAAAAAACGAGGAACACGCGACGAGGAGAGAAGAGGAGAUCUAUAAAGCUGCAGCAAUAAUAAGAUAUAGAUGUUACGGGAAAUUAAUUAACGCUAAUACAAUCGUCGACGAUAAAAUCUGGAUCAUUCCGAUAUAUCGUAUCUACACAAAGUGUAUACAUAUUUAUUGCUAUAUGUGUAUAUAUAUGUAUAUAUACACACACAGACAUACUUGUACGUAUAUAUACACACACACAUACACACACUCACGACACGAGCGCAAAUGCGCAAAACGGGAGCACAUACAUGUAUACAUACACACACACACACACACAUAUAUAUAUACACACACACAUUAUUACAUACAACGCCCAAACGCGUUACAAAAAAAAAAAAAAAACAUAUUACAUGUAUAUAUAAAAUAGUUAGUCGGCACAGUCGAAAAGAGUAAUAUAUUAACGAUGAUAAUUUAUUAUUCGCGACGCCUGUUGCUCGUGUAAACUAUCGUCUGAUAAUUGCUUUUCGAGCAAGAAACGGGCGACGUUCGUGUUAACGUUUUGUUGAUUAUAUUAUAUGAACGUUGAGGUAAAUGCGUUUAAAAGAUUAUGGAUUGAUGUUUCAAAAAUGAUAUAAGAGAGAAUGGAGGAAAAAAGGAAUAGAACAGGAGUUUACGUUGCACACGUGUUGUAACGGCAACGUUGAGCACGGUAAUGCGAUAAAGACGACGAUACGAUGCUACGAUAACAAUAAAAACGUGAUAACACGGAGAAUUAGAGAAACGAACAACACGAUAAUCGCGACGAUAGCUUCGUGAUCGUAUUACAUAAGCAUAUCGAUCGUUGGUUUAGAGAUUAAUUGAAUAUGAUUAAAAAAAAAAAAAAAAAGGAAUUCCUGCGUAACAAGAAAUCGAUUCGAAUCUCGUUUUGACCGAUAUUUUGUUCUCGCCAUCAUCGUCGUCAUCGUCAUCGUCAUCGUCAUCGUCGUCAUAGGUAAAGGAAGAAAGAAGGAGGAGGAGGAGGAAUAGGAUCGGAAGAAAAGAGCUUUCGUUCGUUUUCGUAUCCUGCGUCGAUCGAAGAAGAAGGAAGAACGCAAGAUCAGACACGGAGAUACACACACAUACACACACGCACACACACACACACAUAUACACACAUAGAAAGAAUCAUUAUCGUUUUACGACUUGCUUUACAUCUCGAAGCUUGUCCCUUCUUGGUCGAUUUGGAAUUUAUUUAGCGAUCGCUCGAAUCGAUAUUCGAUUCGAGAAAAAGAGAAAAAGAUUGUGCGAUUCAUUCGAUUGGACACCCUCCUCCGAACAACUUGAUUGUUUCGCAUUUUGAAAAUUAGAAAAAGAAAUCGAUUCGCGUGCACCGAGUGGUCAUCACUCAAUCGACGAAUAUGAUUGGUUCGAUCGAUCGAUAGUCAAUUCUCUGUCUCUGUCUCGGUGUCGGUUCGAUACCGACCUACGAUGUAAAGGAGACAGGAAUCAUCGGCCUUAAAUAUGAUUGGUCGCAUACAAUACAAACCCCUCCCUCUUCCCCCUCCCCCAUCCCCGCACCGAGACGAGAGAUCGUCGCAAACAGUCCCUUGCGCGCAUCACUUUUUUAAGUACCGAUGUAUCAGUAUGUCUCCUCUUCGAAAAGGAGUUGUUCAUUUUCUUUUUUCGUUCGUUUAAAUUAGCUUUAAACCUCGUUGACUUGUCGUUAGCAUUUUUCUCCGAUGCAUGCGCGUUCGUGUGUAGCGAUACUCGCGAUUAGGAAUUGAAGAAUCAAAUUAUAUUUACUUUCAAAUAAGUACCAUCGAAUAAGUUUUUCGGGCCAUGAUAGAAUUAUAUACCUGUAAACUUGCAAAACAAUGCACGUAUCAUCGAUGAUCUCGUUGGUAUAUGCAUACAUAUAGUGUGUAUGUUUUGGCCUAAAAAAGUAAGGAAGAGGAUUUUUCUCGUUCACGUAUUAUACAUUACACCUGUGAAUUCGUUAAUUUUCUUUUGUUCAUGAGAAUAAGAUUUCACGAACGUGCGGAAUAUUUUAUCUUCGCGCAACGUUGCUGUCCGUCUGUCAGUCUGUCUUUCUUUCUUUUUUCUUUCUUUCUUUCUUUCUUUCUCUUCUCACGUCUUCUCUUUCUCCUUAUUUUACUUGUAUAUUUACUUUUCUUAACAAAACGAACGAACGUUGUUCCAUAGAACGGAAAAAUUGUGUAUUUAUUUUAGAAGAAUUAGGAAACAUGUGAUGUGAACGAACGAAAGAGAAGACCGACAGAUGGGCUAAAAUGUGAAUCGAUCAGGAAGUAAAUACGACGAAGAAACGGGAAUUGUGACAAAGCAGAUGGAACGCUUUAGAGACUUCGAACACGACAAAGUAUCGAGAAUGUACUUACAUUGGUCGUGUCGCAUCGGUGCAAUUAUUACUCUUCGAGAGACUAUUUCAAUAACCUUAUGAGUGUCAAUUCCACUUUCGAGCGUAAAUCGUGUAAGUUUGCGAAUGUUUUCAGAUAAAAGAACAAACGAACAAAAAAUAAAGAGCGAUCGUGAUGGGGUGUCGGUGUUAAAUCAUAACGAUAAGAGAGGUUGCGUGGCCAUGUCUCUUGACUGCUACGCGCCAAAGUGAGAUUAUUAUAAUAAAUUUACAUUAUUGAAAAAUUAAUUAGGGAAUGAGAGUGUGGGAGAGAAAGGAAUAGAAAAUACGUACGAGCGAACGAACGAGUGAACGAACGAACGAACGAACGAACGAACGAACGAGCGAACGAACGAGCGAAAAAAGUACGAAAGUAAGAAAAUAAAAAAAAAACCAAGGAUGAAAGGAAAAGUUUAAGAAGAGAGCGGACGAAUGCACGAUCGAACGAAUGCGCGAACGAACGAACGAUGGCAAGAAAGUUUGAACGAAAGAGUAUUUAUUUACGUGUGCGUGCAUGCGAGAGAGAAACCGAUUUACGAAAGAGAUAAAAAUUUGAAGAAUUUAGCACGUUGAACAAUGAUAUGGAAAAAUACUUUUUAUCGUAGAUACACUUCUAUUAGGUGAAAGAACUACGUAAGAACAAAGAAAAGGCAAAAAAAUAGAAAAAGAAAAAGUAAAAAAGAGACCUGUACUAAGGAUUACUUAUUAAAUAAAUGAACGGUGUUUUUCCGCCUAUGAGUCGUA